CAAGUUCUUCGCGCAGAGAAGUAUCAUCCGUACCACGAUGGCUCGGGACCCACCGAAGUACGAACUUCUGAACGAGAAGAAGACCAAGGAGAUGCUGCAAAUAUUCACGGGCGAGAGAACUGGUUGGGUACUCGUUGGCCCCAAAAAAUGGUUCUUUCCGUACAGAUACACCGAGCAGGGUGAAGGCUUUUAUAAUUUUAAGGCAAGACCAGACGACACGUGGGUCGUGUCUUAUCCAAGGUCUGGCACGACAUGGACUCAAGAACUGGUUUGGCUUUUAUCGAACAAUUUAGAUUUCGAAACGGCCAGGAAGAAGCUGCUUGUAGAACGAUUUCCGUUUCUCGAGUUUAGUAUGUUCAAUCACCCGGAAGUAACACUCGAAUUUUUGGAGAUGAAUACAGGAAACAAAGAUAAGACAGAUAUGUGCAGCAGUUUUGCCAAGCCAGGAUACGAGGUCCUAACAAACAUACCAUCUCCUAGAUUCAUUAAAUCCCAUUUUCCGUUCAGUUUAUUACCCGAAAUUCUGGACAGCGGCUGUAAGGUGGUCUAUGUGGCGCGAAAUCCAAAAGAUGUUGCCGUUUCGUGGUACUAUUGGAGUAAAGGAAUUAAAACACAAGGAUACUUGGGUGAUUUUGCAAUGUUUUGGAAUUAUUUUCAAAAUGAUCUUACAUCCUGGAGCCCUUACUGGGAACAUUUAAAGGAAGCAUGGGCCCUCAGAGAUCAUCCAAAUGUACUAUUUAUGUUCUACGAAGAAAUGCAGCACGAUUUUCCAAAAGCUGUUAAGAAGGUCGCCAAAUUUCUCGGGAAGAAUUAUACGGAGGAACAGAUUGGACACGUAACUGAUAAAGAGUGUGGCAUUAUGACAGCAGGAACAUUUGUUAGGAGAGGUCAAAGUGGUGGUUGGAGGGACAUGUUUACCCCAGAUCUUGAUGCCAAAGCCAAUGAGUGGAUGGAACAGAAUCUCAAGGACACUGAUUUCGUCUUUCCAUAUUUUAAUAAUAAUACUAACAAUAAUUGUCAUUGAUAUUUUACAUACACGGACUUAUUAGUUUAAAUUAUUUAUU